AUGAGACGACAGGUUCUAGGCAUUGCGGGAGAAUGCCAACUUCCUUCUGGGAGUUAUCAACAGCUAGGCUCUUCCACUCACGCCGUCAGACUUGAUACGUCCUCCAAAUUCGGCUCCUCUUCCGAUACCGACUUCAGUGGCACCAUCUCAAACCAGCAGCAUACUGAACUAUUGCAGGCACUCCUCGACGAGACAUCUCUCACGCUUCAAGUGAAGUGUAAGUUUGGAGAUGAACAAGUAGUGCAUCCAAAUCUGAGGAGACGUCUGCCUUGCAUGAGGCCGUGUUCGCUCUUGAUUAUUAUCUACGGGUCGGCCUGUCUCUGUGAGGAUGUUGGCAGCUUUUUCCAGGACCAUGACAUAUAUUUGCAAGACCCUCGAGGCUGCGAAUUAGAUGUUAGGUAUUGUAAUCCCCACCGACUUUCCUCCAUGGACCUGGGGUCUUGCCCAAUGACAUCGAAAUUGGGAUUGCAAGGGGAUCCGAUUGGGGCCUUUAACUUGGAAGAAGCCCCUCAACAACCAGAUAUUCUCGCCAUUCUCGAUUCUCAGGAAGAUCUACUAGAAGCUCCCCAGCCAGACGCGAUUCUAGCCGAUCUUGAACGACAUCAAAAACAAGCUCUGACUUUUAUGCUGCAGAGAGAGCAGGGAUGGGCUUUUAAUGGCCAAACUCCGGAUAUCUGGGAAAUGAAGAAAACUAGCCAAGGCUAUUGCUUCAUCAACAGGAUCUCGGGUGCUUAUCAAACUGAGGAGCCACCACAAUUUUUUGGGGGCAUCAUCGCAGAUCCCAUGGGGCUUGGCAAAACAUUGAGCAUGAUAGCCCUGAUUGCCACAGACUUAAAAGGGUAUCGCUAUGGGGACUUUGUGAUGCAUAGCAGUAUUGGUGAAGAUUUAUCAAACAUGACCACACUUGUCAUAGUGCCUCCACCAGUGCUCGACAGCUGGGAAGAGCAACUAUCACAACAUGUUGUGAAAUCUCGUCUAACAUGGGGCCGUCAUCAUGGCAAGUCUCGUUUGACCAAAAUCUCUGAAUUACACAGCUACAAUUUGGUAUUGACGACUUACCAUACCGUGUCAGCUGAAUGGAGAAAUGGAAACCAGGCUGAGAUGUCCAUCCUUUUUUCAACCCACUGGAAACGUGUGAUCCUUGAUGAAGCACACAUCAUUCGCAAUAGCGGGUCGCAAAUGGCCAAGGCGAUAUGUUCUCUUCCCGCUUCUUCCCGAUGGGCAGUGACAGGAACUCCAAUUCAGAAUCGCCUUGGAGAUCUUGUAGCUCUUUUGAAAUUCCUUCAAGCGCACCCAUACGGUGACACAGGGAGGUUUGAAGCCGAUAUAACUCUUUUGUGGAAGACAGGCGGAGUCGGGGAAGUAGAGGAAGCCGUCAGGAGACUUCAGCGAUUAUCUGGAUGCCUUCUGCUGCGGAGGCCAAAGGAAACCAUCAACUUGCCCCCAAGGCGAGACCUGAAAUGCGUCGUGGAGUUUAACGUCGACGAAAGAGCACUCUAUGACGAAAUAAAGAGCCGAACGAUCGCAAAUUUCAAAGAAACUACUCCCCAAGGCACUGACAGAUCUAAUUCCACUACCUGUGUUAAUAUUAUCCAGCAAAUCAACUCGCUGCGUAUGAUUUGUAAUAUGGGACUUCAAUACCACUCGCGUUACGACAAUACCGCUGCCGAAGUUGGUUCGGAAGGGCAAAUCAAAUGGGCGGAAGUCGCGCAGCAAGCUUUCGACUUUCAGCUUGAAGUCGGAUCCAUAAUUUGCCAGUUCUGUUCAUCAUCACUCGAUGUGACAGAAACUCUACUAAGUGAGCCUGAGACCCAGACGCAGCCUCGGUUCUCUGAAUGCCUGAGAUUCAUCUGCUCCGAAUGCACACAACGCCUCCACAGGGGCUCAAAACCCAUCUCGUGCGGGCACACCACGUCCCAUACCACUGCGCCAGUUUCUACGAGUCGUACAGAGCCCGAGGAAGCAGCCCCUCCAAUACCCCUUAUGGAAGAUUACCAGACCUCUUUAAUCAACCUUCCCUCAAAGGUUACGUCCCUAGUGACGCAGCUCCAGACCCAACAAGCCGAUGUGAAGUGUCUUGUAUUCUCGUCAUGGAGAAUGACUCUCGAAGUCGUCGAAGCCGGCCUCAAGCAAGCUAAUAUCCAAUAUCUGCGCUUUGAUGGCAAAGUCCCGCAGAAAAAUAGGCAAGCUAUCAUCGAAAGGUUUCGGAAAGACCCGUUAAUCAGGGUCAUGAUUCUCACACUGUCCUGUGGAGCUGUUGGUUUGACGCUGACUGAAGCCUCUUACGCCUACCUCAUGGAGCCUCAUUGGAACCCAACAAUUGAGGAGCAGGCAUUAGCACGAAUACACAGGAUUGGCCAGAAGAAAGAGGUUACGACAGUUCGCUUCUUCGUGAGGGAUACAUUUGAAGAGGCGAUGAUGGAAAUCCAGAAGUCCAAAAAGGAUUUGGCUAGUUUGUUAUUUUCUCCGCGUGGAGAUAGUCAAGCCGGAGAUGUUGAGCGUCUUCAGGUUUGUUUAUCACUCAAAUAUUGA